CUUUCCACCUUGAGAUCGCGUCUAUUUAUGGACCAGAACUCGCGGACGCAAAGCCCGACUCGUCCUUAACCUCUUACGAUCAUGCCCCCGCGCUCCAUUCCACUUCUCACCGCUUCGCUCGUCCUCAUCGCGCCGUUCGCCCAUGCCGCGUUCCAGAUCACAGGCAACGCGAUUUCCUCCUCGUGCGCCGGUACCAGCGUCGCGUCGUGCAUGAACACGACGGCGGUCCACGACUUGUGCUGCUUCGAGGCUCCUGGAGGAUUGCUGCUGCAGACCCAGUUCUGGGACACCAAUCCAGAGACUGGGCCCGUGGACAGCUGGACGAUCCAUGGACUGUGGCCUGACCACUGUGACCUCAGCUUCUCGGAGAGCUGCGACCCGUCGCGAGCAUACAAGAACAUCGCAGGUCUUCUUUCCGCCCAAGGCGCCCAAAGCACACUGGAUUACAUGAAAACCUACUGGGUUGAUAUUGACGGGCAGAAUGAGAGAUUCUGGGAGCACGAAUGGUCCACGCACGGGACGUGUUACAGCACGUUGAAGCCGAGCUGCUUGCCGCAAGGAAGCCCACAAGGCGCUGAGGCCGUUGCGUUUUUCAACACGGUCGUCGGUCUGUUCCAACAACUGCCAACAUACACCUGGCUCGCGAAUCAAGGCAUCACUCCGUCAUCCAGUGCAACAUAUGACUUGCAGACCUUGACCGAUGCGCUGCAGACUGGAGCUGGGUUUGCACCCGUUCUGGAUUGCCGCGGCUCCGCGCUCGAUUCAGUCUCUUGGUACUUCCAUCUACAGGGCUCGCUGCUGGAUGGGACCAUGGUUCCUGUCGGCGCCCCGGAGAAGGGCACAUGUCCGUCUACCGGAAUCAAAUAUGUUCCCAAGUCACUGAGCGGCAGCCACGAAACGACUCCCCGUAGAAAGCAACAACCCGCCCGCCGGCGCCAUCAUCACCGCCACACUGAGGACUCUGGGUCGGUAGAGCAGCAACAACAGCAAGCUCAAGCCCCUCUGCAAGAUGAGAGCCACCACGGUCACCAACACCAUGGUCAUGGCCAUAAUGAUGAGUUGUGAUCUACAGGCCCAUAGACUUUCCUACAGAACUCUACUCUACGCAUAUCCUCCGCAAUGUCGUGUUGUGUCCCGUGAUAGACUGCCUAAACUACACGAAUACCAUGUCAAAUCAUGUACCGGGAAAUGGACAGCUUUAGAUUCCAG